UUGAAGGUGGUGAAGACCGGAACGAAAGCUCCAAUAACGGCGGUUCCGGAACGAAACCCCCGCUCCCAGUUUCCGGGGGGGGGCGCCUUUCCUGGUGAACCUGGGACCAAGAUGGCGGCGGCCGCGGUUUCCGGUCGUUCGGGGCCGCAUUCGAGGCCUCCCGUCCCGGCCGCUCUCACAUCCACGCUCCGGGAGGCGCUGCUCAAGGUCCUGGAGAACAGGCCCGAGGAUCCCGUCUGUUUCCUGAGCGAAUACUUCGGGAACCUGUCGGCGGCCUCGGAGGGAGCGACCGAGAAACCCGCCCCGAAACAGCAGCAGGAGCUGGUCUCGAGAGCCUUGAGGCAGCUGCUGCUUUGUCACUACAGCCGACCAGCCUUCAGCAGGAACCUAGCUUCAGCCUUCCAGAUCCUGAGCUCCCCCAUUGGCAAGAAGAAGAAACCUGGCCUGAAGGGUAGAACCUACACUGAGCUCCUGAGACAGAUCUGUGCAGGGGCCCAGCUCUCAGCCUGCUCCCUGAUCCACAAACUGCAGUGUUGGGAUCACGAAGCUGUUCCUUUUGGCGUCUUCAGACAUGGGGUAUUGACCUGCCUCAUCUUCAUGGAGUUUGUGAAGAUUUCUGGCAGAUUGUUUGAUGUGGUGGCUGACUCUGACGAAGCUGAUCAGACUGUGUGUCACGUUCUGCUUGAAGCUUUGAAAGAUGCAGUUAGCAUCGGAGACUCUUCCAAUUCUGCCGGUUACCUGGAUGCUGGCUCCAAGUUAGCUCCAGACCAGCUCGGGCUGGCCAUGGAAAGAGCGGUGAGGCUACGGAAAAAAGAAUCGGUCACAUCGAUAAGCAAGGAAGAGUUUGUCCUGCUCACUGCUCCUCUCUUCAUUGAGAAAGUAAAACCCAUCAGUUGACUAUCUAUGUACAAAAACAGACAGUAGAUGCACUGAGCACAGAUGUAACCUGACUUGGUCCGUGAAGUUCCUGCUCAUUUGGUGACUUGUUGUACUGUUACCUACUUAAACAAGCGAUACAUUGUCCAGUGAUGCUGACUGCACGAAGGCAAGCUUCCUCAAACCCCAACCUAGCCAAGCUUCCUCAAACCCCAACCUAGCCAAUGUGCCCAUUGACACAUUGAUCUCUUUACAUUGUGCUUCUUAUACAGGAAGAAUAUUUUGGAUUGCUGCUUGGUCUGUCUCCUCUCCCAGCUCCCACCAGCCAGGGAAAGACUGAGUCUUAAUGUCAGUGCAGCGGUGUCUCCUUGUCCCAGACUUUAUAAUAUUUGUGUCUUGACAAUUUGAGGCAUAAACAGACAACACAUCCAACUGUGGGGAUUGUCUUCACCAACUCCCUCAGCUCAAGGCUUCAACAGGGAGUGGGAACAUUGACUGGUUUUGAUAUUCUCCUUCUGAUCAUAGCAGGGCAGUUCUUACUUGUUCAGUUAGUGUUGAGAUUGUAAACUGAGUCUGUACCACAUGGAAAGGGAGCUCCUACUCCUUGGUAUUCUUUGUGUAUUUACAAGUUAUUGACCAUUGUUGACAUCUAGUUCAUUUAAGGUUUGUAAUAAUAUUGGCAUUCAUAUUCUAAUUGGAUAUGGCACCAAACAGUCAAAUUAAAUAUAACCGAAUCCAGUCA